AUGGGUAGGACGACAGGUGAUGAGCUUAAAAAGAAAUGGAAGAACUUGCGAGAUUCCUAUAGCAAAUUUUUGAGAACUGAAAAAACAAAAACCGGACAGGAAACCAAAAUUUUGGACCGGUAUAAAACUUGGCCCUGGGCUCGACAAAUGGAAUUUUUAAAAGUUUUUUUGCAAUAUGCCAAAACAAAUUCCAAUAUAUCGGUAAAAUUGAGUGAACCAGUAGAGAUCACUGAACAAACUGAGCAAAAAGAUCAGGAAAAGGAAAACCAAUCGCCUCAGAAUUUAGUUGAGGAAAUUCAGCAACCUGUUGAUUCAUGUGAGAAGCCAACCUAUAUACCAGACCAAAAAAAGAAGCGUCAUCUGAAGUAG